GACCGGCUGGUGGUGGGGAGAGCGGCGGCGGUGCGUCGUAGGCGUACACCAAUAAUAAUCGCGCGCGUAUAGAGAAUAUAGGUACGUGUGUACUGCCGCGGACAACGCGUGUGCAGCGCUAUCGUUAUAAAUUCAUUCGCGAACGUACCGUCGUCAUGUGCAGCAGGGCAGCCAUCACCACGUCCGCGGACGAUCAGCUGCAGCAGAGCUCGGAAUCCGGCGCCGCUGCCGCAGCCGCAGACUCGUCGCAGCAGGCAAACCUUAACCGGUACCGGUUGCAUCUUUACAAUUACGCACUGCAGGCAGAACGGCUGCGGCUGUCGGGUGGAUGGGGCGCUGUGUGCCCAGUUUAUCCGGCAGCGGCCGCGGCCAUCUACCAGCCACGGUUUCCCGUGGCGCUGUUCCACCCCAACGGCGGCGGCAGCGUGGCCGGUGGACUGCAGACGGCCGACGAGCCCAAGCCGCAGCACAGCUAUAUCGGACUGAUCGCCAUGGCCAUACUCGGGUCGGCCGAGGGCAAGCUCGUGCUGUCCGACAUCUACCAGUAUAUACUGGACAACUACCCUUACUUCCGGACCCGGGGCCCAGGCUGGCGCAACUCAAUCCGGCACAACCUGUCACUCAACGACUGUUUUGUCAAGGCCGGCCGGUCAGCCAAUGGCAAGGGCCACUACUGGGCCAUACACCCGGCCAACGUGGACGACUUCAAGAAAGGCGAUUUCAGGCGCCGGAAGGCCCAACGCAAGGUUCGUCGGCACAUGGGCCUGGCUGUGGACGACGACGGCAACGACUCGCCAAGUCCACCACCACCUCCACCGCCACCACCACCACCGCAGAUUCUACAGCAGCAGCACCACCAUCACCUACACCAUCAUGUGCAGCAGCAUCACCACCAGCAGUCACAACAUCUGCACCACCAGCAGCAGCAGAGGUCACCACCGGCCUUGUGGCAGUCGUCCACGGCUGGUCACCCGCAUCACCCGUUUUACUUCCAACCGGUCGUCCCGCAACCCACGGCUAUUCUGCAGCAGCAACAGUCGGCGGCGAUCUUGGUGCCUGCCAGGGCACAGAAGCGGCAGUUCGACGUUGCGUCGCUGCUGGCGCCAGACCCGCCGAAGCGCAUGUUGCAGCAGUUGCACCGGAACGACCCGAUGAUGGCGCUAACCGCGACCACCGUUGCCGGAAGUAGCGACGACGACGACGAGACGAUGACGUGUGGCGGCCGGAAUAGCGUCAGUGGCGUCUGGGAACCGGCGGGCCUGCUGCAGCGGUACUACGAGCAGCAGCUGCAGGCUGCGCACCGGCUGCACGCGUUCCGACAAUCAUUGGGCCUGCAGAGGAUGAUCGGAGGUGGCCCGUGGCCCACCGUCAUCGUUCAGGACCGCAACCAGACGCCCACGCCACCUUCGCUGCAGCCGUACGCCGAGGCCACCACCCCGACGCCCGACGAUGCCAUCUGCAAAACCGAACUAGUCGACUGAGGUAAACGCUACCGUUUUCCGAUUUUUUAUUAUAAUAAUAUUAUAUAAUAUUGUGUAUUGUAUUGUAUAUAUACUAAUUACUAAAUAGUAAAUAUACCUACGCCUUCGUUUCGUUACGGACUUGCCUGCGUCAACGUUAUUGCGUUCGAUAUUACGAUUUACAAUUUCUUUUUAAAAUAAAGUCAAACAGCAGAUUUUACGUAAGCCUAACCUAAUUUGUCUACCGUACAUACCUAAUAAUAUAUUUAAUAGGUACAAAUCCAUAUUUUAUGGCUAGUAUUAGUUUAUAUUUUAUGUACAUAAGGUAUUCGCGUAGGCCUAUCUCGUUUCUGGUUAGUCGCUUUUAAAAACAUAUAAAAUAUACCUACCUACAUAAAUAUAUAUUAUAAUGGAUAUAUGAAAGAUUUAUUUCCAACUUAUGGUAAACUGUGCAGUGGCGCAAUUUUAAUGAAAAACUUGGGGUGCCGAAGCACAUUAUUGUUUUUAAGUUAGUCCGCACAAGUUGAAUAAUUAUGAAGGUGCUAAUUUCAAAUUUGGGAAUGCAAAUCACCCCAAGCCCUUUCAAAUUACGCCUAUGCAACGGCGUUUAAUUCGUAAUCUUCAUCUACGGUGAACGAAAUUAAUGUAUUUAUAAUAUGUAUAUUAUAAAAAGUAUAGGUCGCUACGCUUAAAAUUUCUCCGACCUGCAGUAUAAUAUUAUAUAUUAUCGUAAUAUCUUUCACCCCGUAUAAUAUUCACUAAAUCAAAUUUUAUUCGCUAUGAUCAUUAGUGAUUCAUCAUCAUUCACAUCUUGAUCGUUUUUCUCCCCAUGAUAAUGAUAUAUAUAGUAUUAUAAUUUCUAAUAUAUUAUGUAGGUACAUUUAUGUAGAUAGCGUAUAUCUAUAAAUAUAAAAUAUUAUAAAAUUUAAAUUGCUAUCUCACGAUGGGGUGUAAUAUAUAGCUGGUGGUGGUCGAUGGGUGAGUGCAUUACGCAUGUAAUAUCAUUUUGACCAAAAAAUUAAUUGUCUGUAUUGAAGACUGUCAUUUAUACUGCAUGGGAAAUUAUUUGUACCUACCUAUAGGUCAGCGAUACGAUAAUAUACUUAUGACUCUGACGUGCUUGUAAUUUGAUUUUAUUAAUUUUUGACUGUACGUACAAGUAAAGUACUAAAUUAGAUAAUAGGUAUGUACGCUAUACCCAUAUCAUUAUCUUUUUAAAACUAUAGAGUCCAUUGUUAAUUAUAUUUAUAUUAUAUGUGAUUUAAUGUUAUUAUUUUAUUUUUUCAAUUGAAACUGCAGUAGUGCAGUACAUUACUUUGUACAGUAUAUAAUUAAUUAAUUUACCUAUAAACUAAUUAAUACUUAUUCGCCCAUACGAUCUACGCCCAUAAUAGGUAUAUAUAUAAGUAAAUAUAAUAUAAUUGUCCGAAUAUUAAAACUAGGUAUCUAUAUAUAUAACCCUUUUGGGAAAAAUUAUAUUAUAUAUAUUGUGUUAAACGAUGUUUAGAUUAUCAAUAAUAUAGAGCAAUGUUUUGAAUCGCAAUAAAUUAGUUAAACAUCUAAA